CCAGAAAAAUCUCAACACGAAACUAAUACAUAAUUUUAAUAAUUUAAUUCAGUUUAAAACAUCCAAUCUAAAAAUGAUCACCGACAUCCAGCUCGCAGUUUUCUCCAACAUUUUGGGAGUCUCCAUAUUCUUAUUAGUUAUCCUGUAUCACUACAUAAAUGCGAAUAGUUCCAAAUGAUAUAGGUCAAUCGCGGCCAUUGUAAAAGCAUUGGUGUCUCUAAUAAAAAAAUGUGCUUUAUAUUAAGAUGUAAAUAAAAGUUUUACUCG